GCACUGCUUGAAUUUGAAGCAUUGGAAGGUCCGAACAACUGAAAGCAUUGAGCACCAAACCCCUUCCACAUUCCAGGCGGAAAUUCAACUCUCUCUGCGUUUUGCUUGGAAGUGGUACGCGGGAAUACUAGUAAAAUUUAGACUCAAUGGCGAGCAUCUCAGCCUCGAACUUGGAAGAUGUGCCCUCUGUGGAUCUCAUGACAGAGCUCCUCCGUCGCAUGAAGUGCUCCACUAAACCUGAUAAGCGCCUCAUUCUCAUCGGUCCACCUGGGUCUGGUAAAGGUACUCAAUCACCAAUUAUUAAGGACGAGUACUGCUUAUGCCACUUAGCUACUGGUGAUAUGCUGAGAGCUGCCGUUGCUGCUAAAACCCCACUUGGUGUUAAGGCCAAGGAGGCUAUGGACAAGGGUGAACUUGUAUCUGAUGACUUGGUUGUUGGAAUUAUUGAUGAAGCAAUGAAGAAGCCUUCAUGCCAGAAAGGUUUCAUUCUUGACGGAUUUCCUAGAACUGUGGUCCAAGCACAAAAGCUUGAUGAGAUGCUUGCAAAGCAGGGAGUUAAAGUUGAUAAGGUGCUCAAUUUUGCAAUUGAUGAUGUAAUUUUGGAGGAAAGAAUUACUGGUCGCUGGAUCCAUCCUUCAAGUGGUAGAACCUAUCAUACAAAAUUUUCACCUCCCAAUGUUCCUGGCAUAGAUGAUGUGACUGGAGAGCCUUUGAUUCAACGUAAAGAUGAUACUGCAGCGGUUCUUAAGUCAAGACUUGAGGCAUUUCACAAGCAAACUGAACCAGUAAUCGAUUAUUAUAAGAACAGGGGUGUAGUUGCGGAUCUUCGUGCGGAGAAACCUCCAAAAGAGGUCACAUCUGAGGUUCAGAAAGUGCUAUCCUCGUAAAGCGGGAUCGUUAAUACUCACAAAUGGGUUGAUUUUUCCGGCAAUUUUAAUGGUUUUUUGUUCUCAUAUGUAUUCUAAACAUGCUUUCACAUGAUUAUCCUUUUGUUUCUCCUUUAUUUUGACCGCAAAUUCUGAGUUCAAAUAAAAUAAGGACGCAAAAACUCUGGUUCAUAUUUUGAGUGAUUGAAGUGAUCUAUUUUGUACCGCAUUCAUCUUCUAUUCUUGCUGGUAACCAGAGAAGCUGCUUGGUUUCCUUUAUAAUUUAUAUAUUUGUCUUGGAAUUUUCUCGGCA